UGCGCUAUCGAUUGAGUUUUAUAAUGCUUGGAGUGAAAUUAAGAAUUGGAACUAGUAGAACACACACACACACACAUAUAUAUAUAUAUGUUUGUGUUGAGCUAUAGACACGUUGCAGCUUUUAGCUAUUUACAAACAGAUGCCAGUUGCGCUUAAAUAUUAACUCGCAACGGGUCGGCUGUUUUACGAAAAUAGAUUGUUGGCGGUGUGUAGAGUUAGGUCGCUUCUACGACAAAGUGAUGUAUUCGUUUAUGAGUAGUUUUGUUGUGCUUAGUGCCCUUAUUGUGAUUACGGCAAAAUCUGAGGAAGUUUACAAACAUGAAGAGUUAAAGGCCAGGUUAACGCCGCUGCAAUAUCACGUGACACAGGAGAGGGGCACAGAAGAACCGUUUACGGGCGAAUUUAACGACCAUAAGGGAACGGGUGCUUACAAGUGCGUUGUAUGUGGAACACCAUUGUUUCAUUCAGAUCAAAAGUAUAAUUCGGGGUCAGGAUGGCCGUCGUUUUAUGACACAACGCACAAAUCGUCAAUUGAAGAAAAGCAAGACGACCGUGAGGGCCGUGUCAGAACUGAAGUAGUGUGCAAUAAAUGCAAAUCCCACUUAGGACAUGUGUUUAAAGACGGCCCUGAACCUACAAGUCUUCGGUAUUGUAUAAACAGUGCAUCACUAACCUUCGAUUCAACCGAACAAAAAGAUAAAGAAGAACUGUGAGCACUAUGUCUACUUGUGAAUUCUAGAUAAAAAAUGCAAAUAAACUAGAUUUUGAAGGAA